CCUGCCGCCCGGAAAAUGGGAACCUCGCUGCGAGACGUGACUCAAAGGAUGAGCUCGACGGAGUGUGAAUCCCGAGCAGGAGGACGGAGGAGAGCCAGAAAAGGCGGGUUUAGAGGGGAAACUGCCGCCGUCACUGCUGGCUUCCUUUUGAGCAAGGCACUCAAUCCUGAACCGUUCAAAGAGAGGAGCUGCUCGUUGGCUUCGAGUACCGAAUCACCGCUUUACUGCCAAACUACUUGAACGUGAAGCACAACAAAGAUGAAGGAGAGCAGUUGUUCCCUUGGCAACUAACAUAUAAAAUAAAAAACGGAAGUGCCUUGCGUGUGUUGUUGCCUCUGUAAUUCAUUUGCGUGUCUUUUAAAUCCAGAACAUGCAUUUGCCGCAUUGGAAUUUGCUGCCUCUCAUUAUACCUUAACUUCUGCAGCCAUGAACUCUGAGUGUAAAACACGGCCAUCCAUUACAGGGACUGCACAGUCGCCUGAGUCCCCUGUUAAUUGAGCAGGCCAAGGUCGAGGGGAGAACAGCCGAGUGGUGGGACUCGGGGAUGAAAGAUAUGCUUACAGUGCAGCCUACACUUUUUCUUGCUCUUUAUGCCUUUCCAUCAUGCCAAGACACAUCCGGUGUGGCCCAUCCAUCUUUAUGUGAAGGAGAUCUCAACACACUAAAGGUGACGGGCAUCGCUCAGAACCAGGCCAGUCCCUUAUUGGGCAUUUGGCAGCAUCAGGAAGUGGGCGCUUCUCUAAGAUGCGAUGAGUGAUGAUGGUGUCAUAUCACACCUGGAUGGAGAUGAAGUAAAGUCACUUAAAAUGCAGGAGGCCACAGCAUGCGCCGGUGUUGUCCUAGUUUGUUUUAUCUCUUUUAUGAAUUGUUGUUGUUUUGUCUGCAAAGCAAGUCAAUUAAGUUUAAAUGAAAUGCUAAUUUGAAUUAAUGCGCACUCACUUUUUGCAAAACUUCUUCAUAAUGCUUAAAGAAACUGCUGCAGACACUAGAAGUCUGUGAAAUUAUCUCCAUCUAGUGGAUGGAAAAGUGACUACAGUAAAACAGAAGUGUGUAUUUACACAAUUAAGGUCUUCUGGAAGUCAAACUUCAAUAUACUGAGGGACUUUUGAAGUCCAUGGAAUAUAUCUUGCUUGCAUUUAUUUAACAGUAAAAAAAAAAAAAAAGGAAUGUUUUUAUGUUCAUUAUGAUCAUGUUUUUACAAAUUCCAUAAUUAUUUAUUAUGGAAACAAUCACUUAUUAAUAAAAAAUGACUGGAUAUCACUAAAAUAUCAACUAAAUAACUGCACAAAUUUAAUAACAACUACCUUAUAAUUAGCUAAACUAUAAUAAAAUGAGCUUAUUCAAAAACAGCUUUGAUUGUGUUCUCUUUAUUUUUUGGCGAUUUAUCAAAUUUUAUACGGAAAAUAACUAAUUGUAUCCGUGUCCGAGAAAUCACUUUCAACCAAUUUUACCCAUUACAAAAACACCUCUCAAUGGAGUGUGUUAAUUCCAGAUCACAUGACCUGCUCCACAUGAUGUCAUUUCCUCGCGAAGAAAAGACUGGCAAGACUCCAAGUCUCUCUGAGUUAUUUAAUAUAAAGUAGUGUGGAUUUAUGGCAUGUCAACAGGUUUACUACAAUAUCUAUAUAAAUAACUUUCAAUUUUACUCAAUUUUAUGUAGAAUAUUUUUGAAGAAUCUUUCUGUAAAAACGUCAUGUAGUGUUUGGUUAUAGUUGUUGUUGAUUUUAGGCCUGAAAACAUAAAAAAUGUCAACUAUGAUACCUGUCAACUAUGUUUCAGAAAGUCCCACAAUUAUAUAUUGACCCAUAUUUCAUAUUAAUGAUCAACAUCCCAGUAUCACCUGCUAAUCAUAAAACUUCUUCCUAAUGCAAAAAUGCUUCAUUAAGAUAAAAAACCCAGUGCAUAUUGAAUUAGAAGCUUGGGACUAUGCAGACUGUUGCAGUAAUCGAUGUUAGUGCCGUGUUUUCUGUGGUGCGAAAGUAGAAGCAAUAAAUAUAAGUAGCAACAGUAGCAAUAAAAAAUGAUGUAUUAUUAAAGGUUAAGAUGAGACAAGAUAAGUUAGGAGUACUGCUCCCCAGGGGGCGAUUUAAAAGCUGCCCAGCAGGGAAUAAAGUAAUUGAAUUUGGCUCCCUCUUUGCCAGCUGCAACUUUAAGCGAUCAAUCCGUUAAUGCAUCAGUAAUUCUAAUCCACUAAUAUCAUACACUUUGUCCUUCGUGUCUGAUAAGCCAUUUUAGUUUUGGCAUUUUUUCCUCUGUUUGUUUUCAUUUUGAAAGCAGCUUGCUGUGAAGCAUAUUGUCACUGUGAUGCUGUUACUUUUACUUAAUAAAAGAUCCAACUAGUCCUUCCACCGCUGCAAAUCUGACUUAGUCUUAAUAUGCCUCUCCUCCUGAGCUGCCCUGAAGAACAAUAAGUCCUAUCUCGUGUCACACUCAGGAUCAUCCCCUGUCAGGCUGCGUAAUUAUUUUGGAGUAAACAAAGGGUGUGUUAAAAUCUGUCCGCAUGCAUACGUGGCUGCGUGUGUCCAUCGGUCGCACAAACAAACAAAGGCUCUGUUAGUGCAGAAGGUGUCGGUGAGUCAUGGGGAUCUUUAACUGCCUGUUGCUUCUUUCGUCUUUGGUGCCGCUGGUGCUGAAUUACCCUUUUUCCCCACCAACGUGCUACUCUAAGGUGCUGAGCAUGUCUAGAGAGCUCACCCAGCUGGCAGCACAUUUGAAGAGGGACCAUGAAACAAGCUACUGCAUGGCACACAUGCCAGAUCUCUACCUUGAUGUCCAUAAUUCCUGUGUGAUGUACAAAAUGAGGACCUACAUCUCGUUGGUGGAAGGCCUGCGACAGCGGCGCUGUGCUUACACCGGUGAAGUGAGGAAGCUGGGUGUCACCCUGAGGCAGCUCUUCAUCUUCAUGUCGCAGAAAUGUCACGGGGACCUGGUGUUCACGAUCCAUGACUGUGCUGCACUGGAGCGCUGAUAUACUGGAUGCUGAAAUGACAACAUAACUGCCUGUUCAAGGAGAGUGCAGAAAGAGAGAGAGUCUGAGUGAAAGCGUCUGUAAGGACAGGACUGUGCAAAAUUGAAAGACACACGAUUUAAGUGAGUUAAGCUGAUUAAACUGUGUGGCUGUGUUACAUUACCAUCAAAAAGCAUCAUCCUCUUUUUAUAAUGGGGAUUAUUACCGACAGCUGAUACGUCUAAAUUAACUUUGUAUAAUAAACUUAAGCAAAAUGCA